AUGAAGGCAAAAGAGCAAGGAACGGACAUUACCGAGCAAAUAGAAGCGAAAAAGCUGAAGAAAAGAAAGAUUGAUGAUCGCCAAAGCCACUCGACGAAUCGCCGAGUAGCUCUUCAUCUUGCCAAAAAUUACAGCAGGCCAGCCCUUGGACAAAGACAACUCGGCGAUGGAAUCAAGCCAAGUAUUGAGCACGAAAGAAGAUUUAAUCCCCUGAUGCAAGAGGUUGUAAAGAAGGAAAUCAUCAAGUGGUUAGAUGUUGGAGUGGUAUACCCUAUUCCAAAUAGUAAUUGGGUUUGCCCAGUGCAAUGUGCGCCAAAGAAAGAAGGAAUCAUUGUGGUUCCCAAUGCUAAGAAUGAGCUCGUUCCGAUGAGGCCGGUGACUGGUUGGAGAGUAUGUAUGGACUAUCGCAAGUUGAAUGCAUGGACUGAGAAAGACCACUUUCCAAUGUCGUUCAUGGACCAAAUGUUAGAUUGUCUUGCUGGAAAGGGUUGUGGAGGACAUGAUAAAGGUAUUUUAUGGAUGAUUUUUUCUAUAGUUGGGGAUUCAUUUGAUGAUUGUUUGACUCCUUUGGCUGAGGUGCCAAAAAGGUGUGAAGAGUGCAAUCUUGUGCUCCAUUGGGAAAAAUGUCACUUUAUAGUGAAAGAAGGUAUAGUUUUGGGUUACCGAAUUUUGCAGAAAGGAAUUAAAGUUGAAAGAGUUACAGUUGAGGUAAUAGAAAAACUGCUACCACCCAUCUCUGUAAAAGGUGUUAGAAGUUUUCUAGGGUAUGCAAGUUUCUACAAGAGAUUCAUAAAAUAUUUCUCGAAAAUUGCACACCCAUUGUGCAAACUACUCGAAAAGGAAUCUAAGUUUGAGUUUGAUGAUGCUUGUUUGAGAGCAGCUGGGGAGUUGAAAGAGAAAAUGAUUUCUGCACCAAUAAUUAUUUCACCAGAUUGGGGACAACCGUUUGAGAACUAUAUUGUGAUUGAACAAGAAUUGGUUGUUAUAGUUUUUGCAUUUGAGAAGUUUAGAUCCUAUUUGCUUGGCACUAAAGUCAUUAUGCAUACUGAUCAUUCCGCAUUAAGGUAUCUUAUGGCAAAGAAAGAUGCAAAACCAAGACUGAUUAGAUGGGUAUUAUUGCUGCAAGAGUUCGACUUUGAAGUUAAAGAUAGGAAGGGAACUGAAAAUCAAGUUGCUGAUCACUUGUCUAGAUUAGAAGAAGAAGCUAUGAUCAAGUUAGAAAAUGGAGUCGAAAUUGAUGAUGCUUUCCCUGAUGAACAAGUAUUGUCUGCUUUUUAUGACCUUAUUCCUUGGUUCACAGAUUUUGCUAAUUAUUUAUCAAAAGUUGAGAUGAUGAGUAUACUGGAGGUGUGUCAUCCAUCCCCUGUUGGUGGGCACCAUAGUGGUAUCUGGACUGCUCACAAAAUUUUGCAGUGUGGGUUGUGCUUGUUCCCUGGCAAGCUCAAGUACAAGUGGACCGGGCCUUUCAAAGUGACUCAAGUAUUUCCACAUGGAGUGGUUAAACUCGAGAAUAAUGAAGGAAUGAGGUUCACGUUGAAUGGUCAGCAGAUAAAGGUCUACUUGGGGAAGUUUGAAGAAGUUAAUAAAGUGAGAGAGAAAUAG